GCCACCGUCUUCUUCCUCCUUUGAAAACCGGUAGAAGACUUGAAAUUUCUUUUUUCCUUGUUCAAGAACUGAUUUUUGGGGCUUAGAACCCUCAUUAAACCCAGAAUUUUCCCCAUAUCUGCUCGGUCUCUUCCUCCCCUAUCCAUCGAGUUCUGCUGGGUGUGGAUCCUUCGGUUUUUCCGGUAAGCACAGCCAUGAGUUCCUCUCUUCAGCUCUAAAUUGGUUUGGGUUCACUCUAAUUGCUUUCGUUUCUGUCAAUUUCGUGCUAGUUCUCUACGAAUUUCCGCCCCUGCCAUACCUGCCAGAUCUGGUUUUUGCUUGCUAGAAAUUCCGGUAAUAUGAUAACUUCCAUAAGCUUGGGUUUUCUCAAUUGAUUGUUGCCUUGAAUCUUCGAAUUUCCUGCCUUGAAAUUGCCCUUGUGCUGUUUGGAUUUUCUGCUGAAAAAGGGGAGAAUUCCAACAGCAAGUGAGAUGAUUUGUCUUGCUUAAUUCAUGUAGGAAUUUUAUUAAUUAAGCUGUUGUGAUGUUUUGGAAAGAAAAUCCCGUGUGUGUGUGUGUGAGUUGUGGUUUGCCAAACCAUGCUCUCCAUGUGUUGCCUGAGAGCUGUAAACGCUAGCACAUGUCGACAUGUAUUUCUGUGGAACCGGUUCACCCUGCCGAUGGGGUUAAACAUUGGCACUAUUACUGACGCCUACCAGUGGGAGUUGUAAACACUGGUACUAUUACUGACGCCUACCAGUGGGAGUUUGUAAAUACUGGUACCAUUACUGACGCCUGCCAGUGGGAGUGUGUUAAACACUGGCCAUGACUUAUAGAUGAGACUACUGAUGAGUUUUAUUAUACAUGAAUGGUUUAUCAUUGAAAGUUCUGUUAUGUUUACAUGGUUUAUCUGGCAUGCUUAAAUUUUUACCAAGGGCUAUCCAUAUUUUACUUACUGAGAUAUUUUAUCUCACCUCGUUUUCCUUGUCCACCAUUUCAGGUAGUGAUGCCCGACACAUAGGGAACCGGGGGAGUGACGAGCUAGACGGUUAGACAUUAUUUUGGGACUUAGAUCUUUUGGAGUUAGGCCGCGAGUCUCUCAUGGAUGACCAUUUUUGUGUACAGAGUUUUCUUGGUCAUAGCCAUGAUCGUUAUAAACUUUUGUAUAUCUGGAAUAGUAAAUUUUUGGUAAUGGAAAGUUAGAUAUUACUUGAGUUUUAGAUUUGAAUUAUUCAAUUUGGAAAUUAACUUAGUAAGUUCCA